UUUGACGUUUGGUCUCAAUAAAAAAUCAAUGGCUAUGCUUGCUAGUUACAAGAGCAGCCAAGAACAGAGCAUAUACAAAUUACUGUUUCCAUUAUUUAACAUUAUAUGGAUUACUUUUUGAUUAAAUUAGAUUUAGUGGAAGCUGUGGGACUGACCAGAAGCUUAGCCAAUCCAAAUUCCCCUGCUACAAAGAGAGAGAGAGAGCGAGCUGUGUUCUAUUUCAAGCUUGGUCGUCACUCUCACGCGGACGCGGAUUCAUAAUCUGCAUCAGGGUUCAGGCCAAAGCAUCUCUCUCCUCCUCCUCCUCCUCCUCCUCCUCUUCUUCGUCUUCUUCUUCUUCUUCUCUUCUUCUUUUUCUUCUUAUUCUUCUUUGUGGUUGUAGCUUUCUGUUGCUUUUCUUGGUUUCUCGUCCAUGAAACAGAAGACCCACCUGCGAAAUUGAGUUCUCUACUGGGUUUCGCCAUGAAAAUUCAACUUCGGAGCUUCUCUGUUUCUGGGUUGUGAGCUGUGGCAAUGGAAAUUGUGUUGCCUGUCGUCUAUUUUACAAGUAGCUUCUGAUUUUGUAUUUUUUGGGUGUUGCCCUUUCUGCAAUCUUCUUUGGGACUUAAAAUAUCUCCUUGCCAUCCCUUUUUGUCCUGUGUUUUUUUUGGUUGGUGUUGUCUGCUUUUCGCCGCUUCGCAGCCGCCCAGAAAGGUUCACAGUUAAUCAAAUCCUGAAAUCCUCGAAAACCCACUUCAGAUCUUCAUUCAUACCCCUCUUUUCUGCUAGCCCACUCGAGGAAAAAAAAUCCCUCUCUUCCACCAUACCCAAUUUGCCAAAUCCUAAAAGCAGAGAGAAAAAAGGUUCAAAACUUUGUUCUGAAAUUAGUCCUCGUUUUUCUUGUGCUUCUGUCGCAACAAUCGCAAAGAAGGGACAAAGAAAAACCCAAAAAAUUGUGCGUGUUGGGUCUCAAGAAUGCAAGAUCCAUCAACAUUUCCCACCAUCAAACCUCCAUUUCCAGAGCAAGAACACCUGAAAUGCCCUCGCUGCGACUCCACCAACACCAAAUUUUGCUACUACAACAACUACAACCUCUCGCAGCCGCGCCAUUUCUGCAAGAACUGCAGAAGAUACUGGACCAAAGGCGGUGCUCUGAGGAACAUCCCCGUCGGCGGCGGAAGCCGCAAGAACACGAAGCGUUCCUCUAACCCAAAACGCGCGUCCUCGUCUUCUCCAUCGGCAUCGUCUUCUAGUUAUGCCCAAAAUGGGGCUCCGAAACCCGAAAUCAACGCGGUUUUCGCCCCGCCGGCGACAUCGGUCGAUCAUCCGGAUCGCCGGAUGCUGGACGUUCCGGGGAGCUUCAGCUCGCUGCUCGCGUCGAAUGGGCAAUUCGGGAGCCUGCUGGAUGGGUUGAAUCCGAACGGACCGGGUCAUCGGGCGGUGCAGCUGGGUGAGUUUGGGGAGAACCUGAAUUCGGGUUCGGACCUCAAUUCAGGUUCUGCGUCGGGUGGAGUUGCAGACCCGGCAUUGGAGUUGCAGAGCACAAGCAAUGCAGAUACCUUUCUGGGCAUUCAGGCUGGUGAUCCAAGCUGCUGGGGCGGUAGCAAUGGCUGGCCUGAUCUUGCCAUUUACACACCAGGUUCUACCUUUCAGUAAAUGAUUAAAAAAAAACUAGAGAGAGAUAGAGAGAGAGUUUGUUUGGGAUGAUGAUGAUGAUGAUGAUGAUGAUGAUCCUAAUGGUGUUGGUUUUUGAGAAAUGUGAUGAUAUGAUACUUAGAAGGUAUGGUGUUGAUCACAGAUGAGGUUGAAUGAUUUUGUAGUGAUGCUCCUGAGGUGACAUGCCUCUCCCCCACAGCAAUGGUUUUCUGUAGGUAUUGAUUUAGAUCAUCAUGUUUGUGUGUGGUGUGUGUAUGUAUGUGUUCUUUCAAGUAAAAUUAUAUAUUUACAUAUAUAUAUAUAUAUAUAUAUGUAUUAUAUGAAUAUAUCUCCUAUCUUGUGAGAA